AUGAGAAUAUCAUCCAUAUCUUUCAUCGUGAAUUUUCUGUUUAUAACGAGUUUAUUGGUUCCAUGCAUAUACUCAGAGAACACAAUUAAGAAGAAAGUUACGGAAGCAGUCAAUGCAGUCAAUGAAAAGUUGAAUAAAAAUGAUAAUAAAAAGAAGACCUUGAUAUUAGCUGGAGUGACAACCGCAGCAAUUGCCGUUAUAUCAGCUUUAAUUGGAGGUGCAUACUUUAUUAAAGAAAAACGUAAACCACAAUGGAAAGAUCCUGCAGUAGUGACAGACGUUUAUGAUGUCCUUAUGGAUACAUUAGAUGAUGGAGUUCUUCAUACCAAGAGGGGUUACUAUAGUGGAAAGACCAUUACUGAUUCUCUCCCAAGUGAUAAGACAUUACGACAAUAUAUUUUGAGGAAUAUAAGACAUAGCGGUUUGGAACUGACCAGCUCGGAGAAGAAUGAAAUACUAAGCAUGAUCCCGUAUAUUAAAUUUAAUAUUAGGAAGUUGGUUUAUGGUUUCGCCGAUGUGGAAUAA